AAAAGAGAGAGAGAGAGUAAAGGAAGGAGAGAGAGAAGAAAAGAGAGAGACGGAGAGGAAGAGAAGGAAACCCUGAUGUUGUUUCCUCGACAAAACGGUUAAACAAGUCAAUGUGUGCUCGUCUUUAUUUUUUUCCCAUCGCGAUUUUUAUCCAACAAACAUAACAAAUUGAUAACAAAAAGGGGGCUAAUGUGAUUAAUACAUCGACUAUUGUGGAAAUAACGAAACGAAACACACAUUUCAUACAUAUAUUCAACCACAAAAUAAUAAUAACAACAAAUUGCUGCAUGGGGAAAACAAGAUGACGACGUUAAAUCAAGCUGCGGUCGAGGCAUUAUGUUCGGCAACCUAUCUUCAGAAUUAUUUAGAUAUUAUGGACAAUUUACCUGAUGAUCUACAACGAAAAGUCACACAAUUGCGCGAGUUGGAUUCGCAAUGUAAAGAAAUUAUGCAAGAUAUUAAUCGCCAUCAUUUGUGUAUGUAUGAAGCCGAUGGCCCUGCAAAGCGGAAGUCCUUCAUUAUAUUCCAACGUGCAUUGUUAAGGUUCCAAGAAAUAGGGGAUGAAAAGCUAAACAUGAUGACCCUUAUUAUCGAUCUAAUUGAGAACCGGUCCCGGCAGCUGGAACAAGACCGAGAAAACCUAGAUCCUUCUUUAGGGAAAGACAAUGAUAAAGAAGAUUUGACCAAUGCUAAAGUCAAACAGGAAAAUGACAGAAAUGAGAAAGCAGGCAGCAAAAGACAGCGCCGACAAAAGACACAUGAUAUUAGUAAAGAUGAAGAGAAGAAGGAGGAGAAAGACAGAGUGCCAAGAAAGAAGAAGAAGAGGAAAACUAAGAAAGAAAAGGAAAGUGAGAAAUCUCCAAUUGAUCCGCCUAUCGAUCCUGAUGAGCCAACAUACUGUGAAUGUAACCAGGUGUCGUACGGAGAGAUGAUCGGCUGUGAUAACGACUUGUGUCCUAUAGAGUGGUUUCACUUCAGCUGUGUAAACUUGACUUCCAAACCAAAGGGGAAGUGGUACUGUCCAAAAUGUCGUGGGGACAAGAGCAAUGUGAAACGACAGGACAAGUAGCUCUCAAUCUGUCCCUUUUCCUGAACAACUCAUCUCAUCCCUCAUGUGUGCUUGUGUGUGUGUGUGUGUGUGUGUGUGUGCAUGUGUGUCUAUCUCUGUGCCAUGUAUGUUUCAGUUUUUUUAAUAUACCAUGGUGCAGUUACUCUCAACCAUUACAUUCAACAAGAACCGACAGCAACAUCAGUAAUAACAAUAAAAAAUUAAAAAAAUGAAAGCAACAAAUAUCUUGUUCAGUAAGACACUUCUCACAUUCAACAAUUUGUUAGGAAAGUAUUAUUAUUAUUAUUCUAACUCUUUGUUUAGCAGUCCUUCACCACCACCCCCUGCCCACUUCCUGUCUGUUUCUCUCAGUGUACUGUGUGUCUGUGUUCUAUUAGGACAUGACAACAUAUUGCUGUCAUGGUAACUUAGUUUUUCUUUACCCCUUCCACCCCAUGUCUUCUAGUGUAAUGUGACUAAACAAGACAAAAAAAAAAGAAAGGAAGAAAAAUGAUA